AUGGCGGUGUGCAUCGCUGUGAUCGCCAAGGAGAAUUACCCUCUGUACAUCCGCAGCACCCCCACUGAGAAUGAGCUGAGGUUCCACUACAUGGUGCACACGUCUCUGGACGUGGUGGAUGAGAAGAUCUCGGCGCUGGGGAAGGCCCUGGUGGACCAGAGAGAGCUCUACCUGGGUCUGCUCUACCCCACUGAGGACCAUAAGGUGUAUGGCUACGUGACCAACUCCAAGGUGAAGUUCGUGAUGGUGGUGGACUCCUCCAACACAGCACUGCGUGACAACGAGAUCCGCAGUAUGUUCCGGAAGCUGCACAAUUCCUACACGGACGUCAUGUGCAACCCUUUCUACAAUCCUGGGGACAGGAUCCACUCGAGGGCCUUCGACAGCAUGGUGACGUCCAUGAUGAUCCAGGUCUGCUGA